AUGAAACUGGCUGAAUUGUACGCCACUGCAAAAGAGCACUUUCCCUUUGAACUAGUCUCCUCUCCCUUGGUUAGGUUCCUUCCUAGAAGAGCAACCAUCGACCAGGUCGAUUACAAAUACGAGUCGCAGAUAAAAAUAAGCAAAGCUAAGAGGAUAGCAAAAGAAGAAGAAAACGACGAAGAAAUUAAAAAAAGUACGAAAAAACAAAAAAAGUGCGAAUGGAAGAAGUAG